UCUCCUCCCCCUGAAGAGUGGAUGUGAAGACUGCGGGUCUCUCUGACAUACAGGAAGAAGUUGAUUAAGUGCAAAAACACAGCGCUUUUCUCAAACUCGCCUGCUUGUUUUUCCUCUUGCGCUUUCACCUUACUCGAUCGACUUUGCCGAGCGGCAGAUCUGGAAGAAUGACGGCGAAUCUGAUGGCUGAUGCCAAACUGGAGGCGCUGUAACGUGUGGAUUUGUUCAUAAAUGGAAAAGCAAGAACGAGUGUGAAACAUAUCUUCGGUGAAAAUGCCAGAGCACAGAUCCAGUUUUCUUCACAUUGGAGACAUUGUGUCUCUGUACGCGGAAGGCUCGGUGAAUGGCUUCAUCAGUACUUUGGGGCUUGUCGAUGAUAGGUGUGUUGUCCAGCCUGAAGCUGGAGACCUGAACAACCCACCCAAAAAGUUCAGAGAUUGCCUCUUCAAGGUAUGUCCCAUGAACAGAUACUCGGCCCAGAAACAGUUCUGGAAGGCAAAACAAGGGAAACAAGGAAACAACAACACACAAGGAGAACUCUUUAAAAAGUUACAGCAUGCAGCAGAACUGGAGCAGAAGCAGAACGAUUCAGAGAACAAGAAACUUCUUGGAGAAGUUGUCAAGUACAGCAGUGUUAUCCAGCUCCUGCACAUAAAGAGUAAUAAGUACCUGACGGUGAAUAAGCGACUCCCUGCUUUGCUUGAGAAGAAUGCCAUGCGGGUUUCUUUGGACCCGGCUGGAAAUGAGGGCUCCUGGUUCUAUAUUCAGCCCUUCUGGAAGCUCCGCAGCGAAGGAGACAAUGUGGUGGUUGGAGACAAAGUGGUGCUGAUGCCAGUGAACGCCGGACAGCCGCUUCACGCCAGUAACAUUGAGCUUUUGGAUAACCUUGGCUGCAAAGAGGUCAAUGCUGUUAACUGCAACACCAGCUGGAAAGUCACCUUGUUCAUGAAGUUUAGUGACUACAGGGACGAUGUCCUAAAAGGAGGAGACGUUGUGAGGUUGUUUCAUGCUGAGCAGGAGAAGUUUCUAACCUGUGACGAGUACAAGGAUCAUCAGUACGUUUUUCUCAGGACCACACUGCGGCAGUCUGCCACCUCUGCUACCAGCUCCAAGGCUCUGUGGGAGAUUGAGGUUGUGCACUAUGACCCCUGUCGGAGCGGAGCUGGACAGUGGAACAGUCUCUUCCGCUUCAAACACCUGGCGACUGGAAAUUACCUGGCAGCUGAGGUAAACCCUGAAUUCAUACCCAAAACUGUGGAGACCAAAGGAGAUGUGAAUCAGAAUGAGACCGAUAUUGUGUACUCGAAGAAGAAGAAUCAAGCAGCAGAAAGGAUUGCUUUCACCUUGGUUUCUGUUCCUCAUGGGAAUGACAUUUCAUCUCUGUUUGAGCUGGAUGCCACCACUCUGCAGCGUGCCGACUGUCUCGUGCCCAGAAACUCCUAUGUAAGACUUAGACACCUGUGCACCAACACCUGGGUGACCAGCACCAACGUCCCCAUUGAUGCAGAUGAGGAGCGUCCAGUUAUGCUCAAGAUUGGCACCUGUUCUACUAAAGAGGACAAAGAAGCGUUCGCCAUUGUGUCUGUUCCCCUAUCAGAGGUCAGAGACUUGGACUUUGCUAAUGAUGCAAACAAAGUCUUGGAGUCCACUGUGAAGAAGUGUUUCAACGCCAGUAUUACCCAAAAUGAGAGGAGGUUUGUGACUAAGCUUUUGGAGGACCUGGUUUACUUUGUGUGUGUGGUGCCAAACAACGGAGAGGACGUUCUGUCUGUGGUCACAUCCACGCCCAACCGGGAGCGGCAGAAACUCAUGCGGGAACAAAACAUCCUUGCCCAGAUAUUUGGCAUCCUGAAGGCUUCAUUUACAGAUAGUGGCGACGGGCCAAUGCUAAGGUUGGAGGAACUGGGAGACCAGCGCUAUGCUCACUACAAGUAUAUGUUCAGCCUGUGCUACAGGAUCCUACGCCACUCCCAACAGGACUAUCGCAAGAACCAGGAAUAUAUAGCCAAAAAAUUCACAAUCAUGCAGUCUCAGAUCGGGUAUGAGAUUCUGGCUGAAGACACGAUCACUGCACUGGUGCACAACAACCGCAAGCUGCUGGAAAAACACAUUACAGCCAGAGAGAUUGAGACCUUUGUCAACCUGCUGAGGCGCAACAGAGAACCCAGAUUUCUGGACUAUUUGUCUGAUCUUUGUGUGUCCAACAAGACGGCCAUCCCCAUCACACAAGAGCUUAUCUGUAAAUUCAUGCUGAAUCCUUCCAAUGCAGAUAUCCUCAUCCAGACCAAACUAAUCUCAAACAUAGAGUCCAGCAACCUGGAGUCCUCUCUGAUACAAGAAGAGGGGGGGGAGGAGGAGGAGGUUUGGCUCUAUUGGAUCGACAGCAACAAGGAGCCUCAUGGCAAAUCCAUCCGCCACAUGGCCCAGGAUGCUAAGGCCAGCCACAAGUGUGAUGCCGAGAUCAUUACCUACUACAGAUACCAGUUAAACCUGUUUGCUAAAAUGUGUCUGGACCGACAGUACCUAGCCAUCAACCAGAUCUCCAGUCAGCUAUCUGUGGAUCUGCUCCUGCGGUGCAUGUAUGACGACUGCCUGCCCUACAACCUCAGAGCCUCCUUUUGCCGCCUCAUGUUGCAUAUGCAUGUGGAUCGUGACCCACAGGAGUCCGUGGUUCCUGUGCGCUAUGCCCGCCUCUGGACCGAGAUCCCCUCCAAGAUCAACAUUAAUGAGUUUGAGUAUGAGUCAACUGACAGCUCAACGGAGGAAAUGAAGAAGAAGUUUGCUCCAACUAUGGAGUUUGUGGAAGAAUAUCUUAAGGAUGUGCUAAACCAGGCUCAUCCUUUUGAGGAAAAAGCUAAGAAUGAACUCACAUUGGAGGUGGUGAACCUGGCUCGAAAUCUGGUUUACUUUGGUUUUUAUAGCUUUAGUGAGUUGCUGCGCCUCACGCGCACUCUGCUGUCCAUCUUGGAUUUUGUCCAGUACCCGGCCAGCCCCUUGAACAAGCUCAGCAAAGGCCCAGAGGCUGGCGGCAACAAUGUCCUGCGAACGAUCCACGGUGUUGGUGAAAUGAUGACUCAGAUGGUGAUGAGUCGAGGUGUGCCACACAUCCUCCCUGACUCUUCUCCUUCUCUACGCUAUGGGAAGGUGCUCUUCCUGCCUGAAAAUGAGGAUUUGAUGGUGAUGGACACAAAACUAAAGAUCAUCGAGAUCCUGCAAUUCAUCUUGAGUGUGAGGUUGGAUUACAGGAUCACAUACUUACUGUCGAUCUACAAGAAAGCGUUUGGGGACAGGGCCUUAACUGACAGCUCGAUGUCUUUGGCCGAUGUGCCUCCAAUAACACCUUGUGAACCUGACAUAGAUGAGAUUGUACAAAAAGCAGAGAGCAUGUUUGUAGAAAGCUCUGACUUCAGCUCUGAGUGGAGCGCGGUGGAGCUGGACGGUGAGGAUGGCCGGACAUUUUUGAGGGUUCUGAUCUAUCUCAUCAUGCAAGAUUACCCCCCACUGGUAUCUGGGUCUCUGCAGCUCCUCUUUAAACACUUCAGUCAGAGAUCUGAGGUGCUGGAAGCCUUCAAACAGGUGCAGCUGCUCGUGUCAGAGCAGGAUGUAGAGAACUACAAGCAGAUCAAGUCGGAUCUGGACCAGCUGCGUCUGACCGUUGAGAAGUCAGAGCUGUGGGUGGAGAAGAGUGUAGUCUACACCGGUGAAGAACUUGCUGCCAAGAUGGCCAAAGAGCCAAACACUGAGGAGGCUGUUCUGAGCCCAGUGCAGGAUGGGGAAAGUAAACCUCAGAUCGACAGUAACAAGGCAAACAACUAUAAAAUAGUAAAAGAGAUCCUGCUGCGGCUCAGUAAGCUGUGUUACGGCAACAAGAAGAGUCGCGUGCAGCAGCAGAGGCUGCUGAAGAACAUGGGAGCUCAUACAGUGGUGCUGGACCUGCUGCAGAUCCCUUAUGAGAAGAGUGAUGACAAGAUGAAUGACAUCAUGACCCUGGCACAUACAUUUCUCCAAAACUUUUGCAAAGGAAACCAUCAGAAUCAAGUUCUCCUACAUAAACAGCUGAACCUCUUCCUCACUCCAGGGCUGCUGGAAGCUGAGACGAUGCGCCACAUCUUUAUGAACAACUACCAGCUGUGCAAUGAGAUCAGUGAGCGGGUGGUCCAUCAUUUUGUCCACUGCAUCGAAACGCACGGAAGACAUGUUCAGUACCUCAAGUUUUUGCAAACCAUUGUGAAGGCUGAUACAAAAUAUGUAAAGAAAUGUCAGGACAAAGUCAUGACAGAGCUGGUGAACGCUGGUGAGGACGUGCUGGUGUUCUACAACGACCGCUCGUCUUUCCAGGUGUUGUUGCAAAUGAUGGGCUCUGAGCGGGAGCGGGCCGAUGAGUAUGGAGCUCUGGCGUAUCAUAACACACUCGUGGAGCUGCUGGCUGCCUGUACCGAGGGAAAGAACGUCUACACUGAGCUGAAAUGCAAUUCCCUGCUGCCGCUGGAUGACAUUGUUAAAGUUGUCACUGAUGUGAAUUGCAUACCAGAGGUCAAAACUGCUUAUGUGAACUUUGUGAAUCACUGCUAUGUGGACACAGAGGUCGAAAUGAAGGAGAUCUACACCUCCUCCCAUAUCUGGAAGCUCUUUGAUAAUUUCCUGGUGGACAUGGCCAGUGUGUGCAACACUACAACGGAGCGUAGCCAUGCAGAUCUAGCCCUGGAGAAGUAUGUGACGGAGACGGUGAUGGCCAUUGUCAAGGGUUUCUUCAGCUCUCAGUUCUCUGUUAAUCACUCUAACCUACAGACAAACCAGUCUAUCUUCAUCAAGCUCCUCCAGUCAGCCUUCCGGAUUUACAACUGCACAUGGCUCAACUCAGCUCAGAAGGCUAAUAUUGAGAGUUGUAUCAAAACACUGUCCGAUGUGGCUAAGGCACGGUCCAUAGCCAUCCCUGUUGAUCUGGACAGCCAGGUCAACACUUUGUCUCUCAAGUUCCAUAGUAAUAUGGUGCAGCGGGCAGCUAAAGAUUGGAGGAUCUCUGCACGUACAAGACCUCGCAAGGAGCCACUGGGUGGGCCUGACUAUAAGAACAUCAUAGAGAAACUGCAGGGGGUUGUGUCCCAUCUGGAGGAGCAGUUCAGUCCAAAGGUUCAAGCAGAGUUUUCUGUGCUGGUGGAUGUUCUGCACAGCCCAGAACUGCUGUUUCCAGAGCCUGCUCGUUUACGCUGUGAGGGUGGAGCUUUUAUGUCCAAACUAAUCAAACACACCAAGAAGCUGAUGGACAAAGAGGAUAAAUUGUGUCUGAAGAUCCUGAAGACGCUCAGAGAGAUGCUUGAAAAGAAGGAAAGCUUUGAGCAAUCUGGAAACGACUUGAGAAAGAUUCUCCUCACACGCUACUUUGGAAAUCAAAAGCUCCUCUCCAAGUCAGAGCUCGGGAGUGGAAACAGCUCAUCUGGUGGCUUUGUCAAGCAGUCACCUGGAGGAGGUUCUCCCAUGGUAGACGCUGACAAGCCAGCCACCACUGUUUCGGAUAUUCAGUGUCUUUUGGACAAUGUUGGGGCAACAGAGAUGGUAAUUGAACUCAUCGUCAACACCAAGAAUGAUCGACUGUUUAAGGAGAGCAUCGAGCUGGGCAUUGCCCUUCUCAGGGGUGGAAACACACAGAUACAGAACUCAUUCUACAGCCAACUGAACAAGCAGAAAAAGUCCGAGAGGUUCUUCAAGGUUUUCUACGACCGCAUGCGUUUGGCCCAGCAGGAGAUUCGAGCCACCGUGUCAGUCAACAUGUUUGAAGUCACCUGCAAAAGAAGGGACGAUGACAGUGAUGUCAGUAGUAUCAGGGUUAAAAAAGGGAAAGAUUCUGGGCUUCACAUGAGGGACGACAUGCGAGGGCAGCUAAAAGAAGCCUCCUCAGUGACCUCAAAGGCCUUCUCAGCCUUCAGAAAAGAGCUGGACCCUGACCUUGAAGGCCUCGGCCAAAACAGUGAGAUAAUCGGUACUGAGGAGGCAUCGGAAGACACUCAGAUGAGCCCGGCUGUAUCUAUCAUGAAACCAAUCCUGCGUUACCUACAGCUGCUCUGUGAGAACCACAAUUCAAAGCUGCAGAACUUUCUGCGCAGUCAGAACAACAAGACUAACUACAAUCUGGUGUGUGAGACUCUUCAGUUCUUGGACUGCAUUUGUGGGAGCACCACUGGAGGCCUAGGGCUGCUGGGACUUUAUAUAAAUGAGUAUAAUGUGGAUCUGAUUCUCCAAACGUUGGAAACCAUUACAGAGUAUUGCCAGGGGCCCUGCCAUGAAAACCAGAGCUGUAUAGCUAAACAUGAGUCAAAUGGUAUUGAUAUUAUUAUAGCACUGAUUGUCAACGCCAUCAACCCCCUGGGUAAGGAUCACCUGGACCUGGUGCUGCAACUCAAGAACAAUGCCUCCAAGCUCCUGCUAGCUAUCAUGGAGAGCUGCCAUGACAGUGAGAACGCAGAGAAGAUUCUCUACAAGAUGAGACCCACUGAAUUGGUGGAUGUCAUGAAGGACGCCUACAAACAGGGUUUGCAGAGUGAAGAUGACAAUGACGGCAUGGGAGACGAGAUCAAACCUAAAGAUGUCGGACACAACAUUUACAUCCUGGCCCACCAGUUGGCCAGGCACAACAAAAUCUUGCAGCAGAGCCUCACCCCUGGGUCAGGGUUAGGUCUGGGGUCAGGCAUGGACCACGAUAAGGAAAAGGAUGAUGCCCUCCGUUACUAUGCGAAGCACACAGCUCAGAUAGAGAUUGUGCGUAAUGACCGCAGCAUGGAGCAGAUAGUGUUUCCAGUUCCUAACAUCUGUGAGUACCUAACUGAGGAGUCAAAGAUGCGUGUAUUCACCACCACUGAGAGAGAUGACCAAGGCAGCAAGGUUAAUGACUUCUUCCACCAGUUUGACAACCUCUACAAUGAGAUGAGGUGGCAGAAGAAGAUCCGCAAAAAUAAGGCUCUGUUCUGGUUCUCACGUCACAUCUCUCUUUGGGGGAGCAUCUCCUUCUACCUGGCCCUCCUGCUCAACAUUGCUGUGGCUGUAUUCUACCCUUUUGGUGACGAUGAAGAUGAGGGCACAUUAUCUCCAUUCUGGAAUAUCUUACUGUGGGUGGCAUUGGGAGUCUUCACCGCACUGCUUCCCGUCUUACCUAAACCAAUAGGCAUCGGGUUCUUCCUGGUCUCCCUUAUUCUGCGUGCUAUCUACACAAUGGGCCUCGGCCCUGCGCUGCUUUUGCUCGGUGCUGUCAAUCUUUUCAACAAGUUGGUGUUUCUUGUAAGUUUUGUGGGGAACCAGGGGACGUUCACUCGAGGCUACAAAGCAGUCGUGAUGGACAUCCUCUUUAUCUACCAUUUGUUGUAUACCAUCAUCUGCGUCCUGGGCCUCUUUGUUCAUGAGUUCUUCUACAGCUUUAUGCUUCUCGACCUGGUGAUCCGAGAGGAGACGCUGCUCAAUGUGAUAAAGAGUGUGACGAAAAAUGGCCGCUCCAUUUUUUUGACAGCGGUUCUGGCCGUUUUUCUCGUUUACUUUUUCUCCAUCAUCGGCUUCCUCUUCCUCAAAGACGACUUCCGCAUGGAGGUGGACCGCCUUCCUUCACCAGGAAAAGGGGAUUUAUUGAGCAACAGCGAGGUUGCAGGCUCAUGUUUGAAUGAGAGAUGCCCUGCUUCUACACCCACAUCUGUUCCUGGUGAAGAUGAUGGGACCGAGCGGGUGUGCGACACUCUGCUCAUGUGUAUAAUCACUGUAUUGAACCAGGGCCUGCGUAAUGGAGGUGGUGUGGGAGAUAUUCUCAGGAGACCCUCCAAAGAGGAGCCACUAUUUGCAGCUCGAGUGGUUUACGACCUUCUGUUUUUCUUUAUUGUCAUCAUCAUCGUUCUCAACCUCAUCUUUGGUGUUAUCAUUGACACCUUUGCAGACCUGAGGAGUGAGAAACAGGGGAAGGAAGAAAUCCUCAAAACCAGUUGUUUCAUCUGUGGGUUGGAAAGAGACAAAUUUGAUAACAAAACGGUGUCCUUUGAGGAGCAUAUCAACUCUGAACACAACAUGUGGCACUACCUUUACUUCAUGGUUCUGGUGAGAGUGAAGGAUCCAACCGAGUACACUGGUCCUGAGAGCUACGUAAACAAAAUGAUUGCAGAGAAGAACUUGGACUGGUUCCCUCGUAUGAGAGCCAUGUCUCUGGUGAGCAGCGAGGGAGACAACGAGCAAAAUGAGAUGCGGUCUCUGCAGGAGAAACUGGAGAACACUGCCAAUCUGGUGGCUCAGCUCUCAGGCCAGCUGGCUGAGCUCAAAGAACAGAUGACAGAACAGAGGAAGAACAAACAGAGGCUCGGAUUCCUGGGUCCUCCUCAGCCCAAUCAUCACAUUCCAACUCACUGAGCGCUGCUAUUGGCUCACUAUAAAGCCAGAGAGAAACGCAGACACAUGAACUGCAGCCUUGAGAACAACACUUGUACUCAAAUGUACACCUACAAUUACUGAUGUCAAAAUUUGCAAGGGACCAGCAAGUGUUGAUGCUUAAUUUUAGACAUAGUGCCUUUUCUGUGACACAAAGUGACACAAACACGGCCUUAUUUGGAGACAGUGUGCCUUUUGUGCCCACUCAGCCAUAAGGGCCCUUGUGUACAGAAAAACUGGUCUGUCAAUGAUUGACCAGGCACAGCACACACCUUCCAAUGUAGUGAUAGCGUGCCAGACAGAAGCUGAGGGAAAUGUUAAGGUAGGUUAAUGGUUAAGUGCUGUCAGGCCUGUGGACAGCUGUCUUGGCCUCUGCUCCACCACUGUCAUAGUGCUGAUCAGCCAGCCCCACAGAGGUCAAUGAUUGGCUCGCAGGCUUCCAGAGGAAGAGUGUGCACACUAAGAUCAAGAAUUUUACCGUUUUAGAUUUUUGUUGGUAUUUAUGAGAAAAUUGUUGGUUCAUAACUGGACGAGUAUUUUUGCAUUUUGGGAAAAAAAGACUCAUGCUGCCUUACUCGUUAACUUUUAUAAAUGGAACAUUGCAAUUGCUGAAAGUGCACUUUUAAAAAAAAAAAAAAGGGUAAAAACCUUUAACUGCAAACAGUAACAGGUUGGUUUGAGGUAUUAUUAUUAUUAUUAUUAUUUGAAUGCUUUGUUCUGUUUAAAUACGCAUUCACCGCACCACUUCAGUUGCCUUUUACAGAUUUCUAUGUCAUAUAUAUAUAAAUGUGAAUAAACUUAUUUCCUGUGCAAAACUUUCUUGAUGGUCUUAAAUCAUAUAUUGAUACAUCUUGACUGAAGAUGGUAAGCUCACAGUUUUUUGUUACGUUAUGAACAUCCUUGUGUUUAUAGAGAUGUAAGCUAAUACUGUAAUUUACUGUAUCUGCUCUAACAUCCAUCUCCUACUGUUUUAUAAAGUGUCUUUUAGUGUAAAUAAUUUUCACUAGUCCCUCGUGAAGUGCAGUUGAGAAGUCUGCAGUUAUUUUAAAGUUGCACAGAUGAACACCAGACUGUGGCGUACUCCAUCACUCAAUGUCCUGAGACACUGUUAGCUGAAAGGCAGUGUGUAGAAAAAUGUUUCAACUCUCUAGUAAAGUUCAGUUCAAAUCUUCUUGUUGGAAAUAGAUGAGUACUCACUGUGAGCCCCUCUACACCAGUCUUAACUUACUUGUGCUCGUCCAUGAGGGGGAUGCAAGAUGUCACGUCUUCUUUUAGAUGAGCUAAUAUUUCGGCUCAGUUUCAUGACUGUUAUGACAAAUUUACUUCUUCCAGCCUUGCUACACCCCUUGUAUUUAAAGGGGACUAAUUAUGUACAUUUCAAGCCCAGUAUUUUUAUUCUUGUGCUGUACUUGAGUAGCUAUGCGUGAUUCAAAUUACAAAAUAAUCUUUAUUAAUUUUGCUUAUAUCUAAGUAUAGUGCGGCCUCGUGGUUCAUCGUCUGUCUGUAACAAGCUGUUUUACUUGCUUUGCCUUUAAGUUAACUUUCCACUGACUGUCUGCGCCUGGUAAAGAUGUUGUCUACAUUAAAUGAAACUUUGACUAUGUAUAAUAUAAGUAUCCAUGAAUAAAUAUGAUGGAAAAUGGCAAA